AUGUCGUCGUAUGUUAAGGGAACAUUUGCCGGAAGGGUAUUGUAUGCUCGUUUCAUUGGACGUGAAUACCUACGCGUUUCCACUGCAUUUUACUAUUACAGGGCGGCGGAAUUCAAAGAGAGCUCUGAAGACAUUUCUCACGAUGAAGUCUGGGAACUUAUCACCGCGGAUCAAGGUCCUGAAUUCUCAGAAUCAGGGACGAAAAAGGACCGGUUUGGUUUCCUCCGACAGGGACACCGAUGGCUGCAACUUGUUGAUCUUUUUGGUUCUCGGGAGAUACUACUCAUUGACGGAAGCCACAGCGUUUGCCUAUGCCGAUCUCGGGGAUCUAAUGAUCGUGAGACCUACAGCGAAUUUGGCCAUGUGACAACCCUGGACUGUUGUCCGAAAGGCGUGCCUUCUUUGGGCAUUGACAAGAUCAUGGAGAGCGGGACUGACGAAGUUUUUGAAAAGCUCACAGAGUUCUUGUUGGCACCUGAGCUUCAAUUACAGGUGACUUGUCAGCGCAUGAGCGGGCUUGUGUCUCAACUGCACCGCUUCUACGAGUGCACCGACGAAGAGUUAGCCAGCUCAUACCGUUCUCUCCUUUCCGAAGUCAGGUCUUUUUUUAUUGAAGACCACUUUGACUGCCUGGCUUUCAAUCAGGUGCCCUGGUUGGGUGAAUUACUCAACGAAGCGGAACCCUCUGGUCGCGGUUAUUCCAGCUCAGCAAUCAAGCGUCUGAUCGACGACGCCUUCGGAUCUGAUCAUUCUUCCACGCAUGUUGAGUCUAGUGGCAUGGGCGUUUGGGGACGUUUUCGCAACGGUACCGACGGGGACAAGGAUGACAACGGGGACAAAGCUGAUGAAGGCAAUGAUGAGGACGACGGGGACGACGGGGACGACGUCGAUGACUCUCCAGAUGAAGUGUAUGGCCGUGAUCAGGAAGACCUCGAUGCAACUUUCGAUGGCGAUACCGGCUUCGACAACGAUUUCUGCAUUCUGUUACAGGACAGCGAUCUCAUCGCUUCACUUGAGUCGAGUCCUUACAGGCUGUCGAUCACAAAAGGGUAA